CAAUAUUGUUAGCCGCUGGAUUUAAAAAUUUGCGUUGGUUCAUCAAUGACAAGGUACGUGGAUACAUUGUUAUUAUCAGAGUAACAUAGUUUUUACGACGCCAGUUUUGACCGCUAUAUCCAAAAAACGGAUGACUCAAAGUCUCAUAAACUUAAAAAUGCCUUCUGGACUACAAAACAGGCGGUAAUAACGAAAUUGCGUCGGAAACAAGAUGAGAAUAUAGUGGCCUCUGAUUCUGAUCUGGAUGCUAAGUUGGAGCUCUUAAAAUCUGUUCAAACAACUUGUCGGGAUCUCGAUAGUAUUUUAGGUCGUUACCAAAGGACAAUAUGCUAUUUGUCACAGGCUGAAAACGAAAUGGGACGUUUUUUGAAGCAGUAUAGUCUUGAGGAUAAGACACAAGCAGGGAAGAUCAUGUCUGCUGUUGGAAAAGCACUUAGCAGUUCAGCACAACAAAGGCUUGCUCUACUCAAUCCUCUUGACCGUGUUCAUCAAGAGGUAAAGACAUUCAGACAACGUGCAAUUACGGAUACAUUAAAUACAGUCAAACGUAUGGAACAUGGUCGUACUGAAUAUCGUGGUGCGCUAUUAUGGAUGAAGAAUGUAAGCAGUGAAUUGGAUCCAGAUACUUAUAAACAAUUAGAGAAGUUCCGAUGUGUACAAGCACAGGUCCGUAAAGCGAAAGCGUCAUUUGAUCGUCUUAAGGUUGAUAGUAUGCAGAAGGUUGAUUUAUUGGCAGCCAGUCGAUGCAAUAUGUUGAGUCAUGUGCUUGUUGGUUAUCAGAACACAUUAUUAGCCUUUUUAGAGAAGACAUCCCAUAUGAUGGUGGCAGUGGCAGAAAGUUUCAGAGGUUAUCAAUACUAUGAAUUUUCCGUUCUUCGACAUUUGAGACCAGAAAGUCGCAAACUAGCCGGAUAUAAAUGCGACGACGUUAAUGAAUGGCGGGAUAAUGAAACCAAAUCAACGACUGAUACAAAAGACAGUAAUAAUAGUAGCAAUAAUAAUAACAAUAAUUCUACUGCUGACAAACAUGAAACCCGUGAAAUAAAUUUAAUUGCUAAUGAAGAAGAAUUAGAUAAACGAUUAGAUGAAAUAUUUCGUGAAAAUAAUUCCAGCAGUAGUAAUCAAAAUACUACAGACAUCAAUUCAACUGGAUACACUUAUAGCGAUGAAGAAAUGUUGAAAAAUCUAAAUCUUAGAAAUAACGAUAAUCAAGAUGGUAGUACUGGAUUUCUAGAUUUUUCACAAAGCUUUGCUGAUUUCUUAUCUGAGUCAAAUGAAAAUGUUCCCGCAGAACACAGAGAUUUGUUUUCUGAUUUAUUUUCUAUGGAUACGAAAAAUGAUAAGUUUGUGGGACAGCCCUCUGGAGUAGAUAUUCCAUCUUUUGAUUCGACGAAUAAAAGUGGAUUAUUCGCUGCUGAAUGGGAUGCCGUGUUUGGAGAAUUCGAUGGGCAGCCUAGUCAAAAUGAUGAUUUUGGGCCUAUGCAAAGUGUCGAGUCGAAAGAGACUUUUAAAACGCCUAUGCUACCAUCGCAUUUAUUAGAUAAACAAUUCCAAGAUUUGUUAAAUCCAAUGAAUACUACCAACAAGAAUGUCAUCCAGCCAAUUAAAUCGACUGUGGAUACUGUUAGUCAAAAUUUCGUUGAUAAUAAUAAUAAGCCUGAAAAUCUACCUAAAGAAGCUGAGAAUCCUUCGGCCACUGGCUCACAUGCUACAAAAGUACCAUCAAAGCAGCAGUCUACAAAUUUGGAUGCUUGGAUGAAUUUAUUUGCUGAUCUCGGUGCGAUCGGCAAUCCUGAUUCAAUAUCAAAAAAGGAUGGUCAGAUUACGGAUGCCUGAUGCACCACACAUGCAAACACGCACAGGUUAUCAGUCUUUUGCUUGAUAAGCAUUCCUACAAUGUUUUCUGUUUGUCAGUUCAAUAUGUCUCUUUAUAUGCUCAUCACCCUUAUUCUAUACAUGUGAUGAGUUCAACCAUUCCAGUUUCUCUUGCUGUAGUAAUGCCUUCGCUUCUAAUGUUAUCUUUGCCUAUUGUCUUUGUUGUGAUAUGAUAACUGCAAAUUUCGACUAAAUUUGUUCUUUUGAUCUGCUAACUGUGAUAGACAUUGCAAAUUAUUAUUACUUAAUGUUUUGGGACGGUAAAAGAGGAUGCAAGACUAAGCAAUGAAAAUUUGCACUUGUAUGUGUGUGUAUCGACUGGGAGUUUUUGUUUAUUGUCUCUUUUCUUGUUAUAUUUUAUUUUGGUGAAAUGAAUAAAUCAUGUCGUGGUAAUUACACAAUAUUUUUAACUGUCAUUGUUGUUCUCCAAAGUGUCGUUUGAUUCAAGGUUUACACUUUUUUUUACGAACUGUCCUGUUGUUUUAAUUGGUCUGGGUUUGCUGUUUGACCUAGAACAUGUUCUAUCAAACGAUCUACUUUGGUUGCCUUAUGUGCCGGUGUUUUCUUUAACGUUAGUGAUCUAACGCUGGCCACAAGUGGUUGUUACCCGUAUUCGUAUGGUUCACCUACCAACCUUUUCUGAG